ACUUCAAGUUGGUUCAUCGGAAGGAGCUCCUAGUAAAUAGUGGCCUUAUGAUAUUGUUGCCAAAAUAAUAGGUGGUGAAGCUUCCCUUGACAAUGACCUUUUCUACUCAAGAUUUUCAAGAUGGUCAGAUUGCCACAAUGGAAGAUGGCAAAGAGACUGUCAGUAUUUUAAAUAUUGAAGCUUUGGAUGAUACAAGUGAUGUGCAAUCAAUUGUCACUAUUCCUGAUGAGGAACCAACUCAAUCUACAUCUGGCUGCAAUAAACAAAGGAACUCUGAUGAUGAAAAAACUUUGAAUAAAAUAGCAAAAACUGAACCGCUUUUUAGGGAGACAUCUGUAAAGGAAAAAGCUAUUGGAAAAACAUGGAAAGCGUUUUGGCCGUACUUCGAUCAAGAAGUAGAACAUUAAUCAAUGAUGAAUCAAUCACCCACCCAUUUUCAUAUUUAGAUUUAGCUUCCUUUAAGUUAAAUCAACAAG